GAGAGACGUGAUGUUAGAGAUUACCGGAAAGCAGAACGAGGUGGUCUUAACAAAUUUAACCGAAAGAAAUAGGCGCAAAUCUUCAAACGGCUUUUAAAGAAGGAGAUAAAGAAACAGAAAAAGACUUACAUAGAAAAACAUCGUGGUUCUUGAUUUUUCGUUUGCGUCCGCCAAAAGUGUUGGGAUUUCCGAAGCCGGUGUGUAACGUGCCGCUGUUUUCUUGCUGGUAUUUAUUUAUUUUAAAGGAAUGCCAAGGGAACUAACCCAGAACAGGAUCCAAAAAAUCUGGAUUCCCUCUAAAGAUGACAAGCCUUCAAUGCCCCGCACAUCACGUGGAGGCCCCCACCUGGCAAACCCCCCAACGGUGAUAGUAAUGGUCGGGCUUCCUGCUCGGGGCAAAACCUACAUAUCAAGAAAACUCACACGCUACCUCAACUGGAUUGGUAUUCCCACAAAAGUCUUUAACGUUGGCGAGUAUCGUCGAGAGGCAGUGAAACACUACAGCUCCUACGAUUUCUUCAAAUCGGACAAUGAGGAUGCUGUGAAAAUCCGACAGCAGUGUGCCUUGGCCGCUCUGAGAGAUGUCAAGACUUACCUCACUGAAGAGGAAGGUCAGGUGGCUGUUUUUGAUGCUACAAACACAACCAGACAGCGACGAGAUAUGAUCCUGGAUUUUGGAGCAGAAAAUGGCUUCAAGAUUUUCUUCAUCGAGUCUGUUUGUGACGACCCAAAUGUAAUCGCCUGUAAUAUCUUGGAAGUUAAGGUGUCAUGUCCUGACUAUCAAGAUUGCAACAAGACGGAUGCCAUGGAGGACUUUAAGAAAAGAAUUGAAUGUUACAGAGUAAACUAUCAGCCGCUUGACCCUGACCAAUAUGACAGAAAUUUGUCUUUCAUCAAAGUGAUUGACGUCGGUCGCAGAUUCCUGGUGAACCGCAUUCAAGACCACAUCCAGAGUCGGAUCGUCUACUACCUGAUGAACAUCCACGUACAGCCGCGGUCUAUUUAUUUGUGUCGCCAUGGUGAGAGCCAGCACAACCUGCAGGGCCGACUGGGAGGAGACUCUGGACUGUCAACACGGGGACGAAAGUUCGCAGGAGCUCUUGCUAAAUUCGUGGAGGAGCAGAAUUUGAAGGACUUGAAGGUUUGGACAAGCCAGCUGCGUCGUAGUAUCCAAACCGCUGAGGCCCUCAAUGUCCCAUAUGAGCAGUGGAAAGCCCUCAAUGAGAUUGAUGCAGGUGUGUGUGAGGAGAUGACCUAUGAAGAAGUGAGGGAGAGGUUUCCAGAAGAGUUCACUCUCAGAGACCAUGACAAAUACUACUACCGCUACCCUUCUGGAGAGUCAUACCAGGAUUUGGUUCACCGGGUGGAACCUGUGAUCAUGGAACUGGAACGACAGGAAAAUGUUCUUGUCAUUUGUCACCAGGCUGUGAUGCGUUGCCUAUUAGCCUACUUCUUGGACAAAAGUGCAGAUGAGAUGCCAUACCUGAAGUGUCCACUUCACACAGUACUGAAGCUGACCCCGGUCGCUUAUGGGUGCAAAGUUGAAUCCAUUUCUUUGAAUGUGGAGGCAGUGAACACACAUAGAGACAGGCCAGAGGAGGUAAAGCGAGGCCCAAGCACUUUAAUGAGGAGAAACAGCGUGACUCCUCUCACCAGCCCUGAGCCCAAUAAGAAGCCCCGCAUUGAGGGUCUGGACGACCCGAUUAUUAGAGAAGUGACGCCCGCCCAGCUAACCCUGUGUUCAACUUCACACACCACUCUCGCUCUGUCCACACAGCACUGGCUUAGCGAAGCUUGUCUAACCUGAAGAAAUGCUCCAUAGAGUGCCAUGAACCCCCUCAGCUCUGCCUGUGAGAUUCUGAAGCUGUAUUGCUUUACUCAGCGCGGAAGAGUUUCCUGCCAAGCCGCUUCCUCUCGAGAGGCGUGUGUGUCCAUUUCUCCAAAAUGGACACUGAGUGCAACCUGGGUUUUCCUAUUCGUCCUUCAUGAAUUCGUAAUUAAUGUACGUAUCGUGUGGUUUGUACUAGUAUUAAGUUAAGUGAUUUCUGUGUGUGUUUUUAUGUGUAUGAAGGGAAAACAGAGCCCAGUAGCAGGGAUUAAACAAUGUUGUCAACCACCCCGGCAUUUUUGGACACUAUUCCCUGUUUACGUAACAGGAUACCACUUGUAGAUGUUUUUAGUCUGGUCUCGGCCAGUUUUUUUUAACACUGACGGUAAGAAUUAUGCCCUGAACUUUGAAGGACGAUGCUAAAACAGACCAAAGAUCACCUGCAAGAUGCUAGCGGGCUGAUUCAUGGCUUUUCUGCACUCACUUUCAAAUGUAUGCUGCAAACAAAUUGCACGUUAUAAUUGCACAUUUAGAUCAUUUCGCAUUUAUUUGUCUUGAUCUCUGAGGGCAAUAAUGAAUCUUACCAUUUGUAAUGCUGCUCGCAGUUUUGAAGGCUGUUUAAAAGUUCUCAUGUUGUCCACUGCAGUUAUAGAUGAUUUGUGUUAUGGAUAUGGAUUGUGAGUGCGUUUUUUGUGUAAUUUGUGUGUUUUUUUUAAGAGGUCGAUGUGCAAGGUUAUACAAACAGGGUGUUUUAUGUGUGUUUGGAUGGGACAAAGUGAAGCAGUGUUUAUAUUUGUUGUUUAUAUUUAAUGUAUUUUAUGACGUGACGAAUAUCAGAUACAUUUUUAUAUUGUUCAUUUAUUAAUUCCCUAGAGUGCCUAGUGCUUGAGCUAUCAGGCCAGAGUUGCUUUUUUACGUUCUAAUAUGAGAAUGAUAUAUAUAUAUAUAUAUAUAUAUAUAUAUAUAUAAGAUUUGAAUUUAAUUUUACUUUUGUUAUUUCACAUUUGUUAGCAUGUCACAGCCUGUUUAAGAGAUUAAACUAGAAUUUGAUAUUGUAUGUACAAACUUACCCUUGUAAACCAAAUGUUUACCGUUUGAAUUUGUAAGAGAUUUUGUAGGAAUGGAGAAAAAGUUUAACACUCUGAAUCUAAUUACCAGCUUUAAUUGUAAAUACAGUUCUGAGAAGAUGUCUAGUUGCUUUGAACGCCCAUUUUAUGGCUUCAUUGUAAUGUAAAACAUUAUGUUUGUCACAUGACUAGGUGCAAUGUUGUAUAUUGGCUCUUAACAGUAAUUCACGUCUUCGCUUCUGAUACUUGAACCUUCUUUUGUAAUAUCUUUCCGUUUUUUGUAAAAUUAAUAUUUAUUUAUUUGUACUAGGCAUUGUGUUUCAAGCACUUUGUUCAUUACUGAGAUCAUAUAACAUAUCAGCAAGUCUAAUAAUUGUAUCUUUCUGAAGAAAGUGAAACAUUUAUAUGCAUUACUGAAUCAAUAAACAGUCUAAAAGAAGA